AUCAAUUGCCAUCCAGAGUGCUGACCCCUUUUCUGGGUGGUGAUUGGCGCAAUCUUAGCUUGGGCGUUGCUCUCCACGUCAGUGAGAUUGGGGUGGACAGGGAUAACAGCUGCGGUGGCUUGCUCCUUCAACCACAACAAGCUGUUGUGCACUGUAACUGACCUUCUGGACUCCCAUCUAUGGAGUUGCUAGUUUCUGACUACCAGUCUACCACUCACACCAUCGCCCAUCAUGGCCUCCACGUAAUUCACCCACCCUCUCUUGUUGAUGUCUGUCUUUACCACCACUGUCCCUUUUGAUUUCCUGUCCCCCAAUAUCAUGUCUGAAUAAACUCAUGUUCUCUUACUUUUACCCUAAGACGCUCACUCACUCACUUGCCUCUGCCCUUGCCAUUUGCUUGAUAACCCGGUCAAGCAGUGCUGGGUGUAAUGUCAACAAAGACCCACCAAUCUCCGCAAAAACCAAAUCGACUUUAUGAUCACACAAAGAACGACUUUCUUCCCCUUUUUACCACACGAAAUCUCCCAAGUCACCAACAACACGAUAUGCGCAAUGGAACACCACAAUCGUCGUCAGUCCAUUGAUCUUGCCUCGGUCGAGUCCAUCCUAUCCUCGGGGGAAAACAAAGCUCCUGCAGCAAUCGUGAGUCCUCACCUUGGGAUGUCGCCCACUCGUCCCAAUGCUGAGAUGGCUCCUCCUCCCCAGCCAACCGCAGGUCAUACUCGUAAUUCUUCCUCGACCACCACAACUCGCGUUCGACCGGUACGCCCACUAUCCCUAAGCUUUCCCGUCGCCCCAAAUCUGCCCGGCAAUGAAUCAACCAGACCAACUCCCGCUACCGCGACUUUCCCUCCCACGCCUAUGGAAAUAGCCCCCUCUCCCAGUGACCCGGACGGUUUUCUCGUUGCUCUAGCUGCGCAAGAACGAAAGGUAUUGGAAUUGAAAGAGGAACUCAACAAGGCAGAACGAGAUCUACACAAUCUGAAAAGGCAAUGGGCAAGCCAUGAGUCAUCAAAGAAACGAGCUGAGAUUAAACAUAAUGCACCACUGCAACAACUCCAGACGGUCGCCUUGGAUAACUCCUCCAAAGAUGCAUCCACCAUUGUGACCCGACACAGCGCAGAGAUGGACCGAAGAAAAAUGCUCCUAAGUAAUAUUAAUAUCCCAAAAGAAUCGAGAAGGAAGGUCAUUACUGGAGGCCACACAAGGACACUGUCUCUCCUCUCGCCAGAAAGGUCGAAUUAUCCUCGACCAUUUCCACCACCACCAGACACAACCUCUGACCAGCCAGCAUCCGCCGGUUUCACCAGGACAGAUUCGAUGCCAAGCACCUCUCAAGGUCUUACAAGGGGCCUCGCGCUUCGUGCUCGACCACUCUCCUACCAAGGUGGUCUUGCUCUGGCCAGUAAUGCUAAAUUGAUUGCCGAGGAUCUCAGAAAUGGUAUGUGGGGAUUCAUGGAAGAUAUUCGACAAGCAACCGUCGGGGACGAGGCGGCACAUGAGCCAACCAAACAAAAUCUCGGUGUCAGGGCGCCUUCGAGGAAAGUCAGUAGAGGCAACUUACGCAACGCCGACAGAACCAGGAAGGUAUCGACUCCACGGUCGGCUUCCCCUAGGAACUGGGAAACGCUGACAGGAACUCCUGCUCCAGCCGAAUGGGAACAAUCCGAGCACGAGCAAACCACCCAGACGACGACCGGGUUGAAGUCCAAAGCACCAAAGACCGUUUCUCUCGCUGCCUCAGCACUUGACGAUCUAGACGACGACUGGUCGAAUUGGGAUUCUCCCCCUCCGAAAAGUCCUCGAUGGAGCAGUAGCACCACCGCUUCUGACCCUGCUACACCCUCCAACAGCAAUCUCGAUGAUCGCGCUAUCAAGUGAGUAACCCCCCUGUUUAUCUCCCUGCAGCCAAACAUUAACCAUCUUUUUUUCCUAGAAUCCUCGACCAGCUUGAUACUCCGUCGAAAGACCUUCAAUGGCCAGCUUCUUUGGAUAUCCUUACUCCGGGCAAUAUUCGCAAGACCUUUUCCACUGUUAUGCAGGAUUGGGAGAAAAGUCUUUCUCCGUCACUUGUUGAGGAAGGUCCUCGAGAGAUGUCUUUGGAGUCUGCUGUGGGUAGUGGGGAGACGAAGGAUGAUAGCGAGGCUACUCACGAAGCUCUGAUGCUUUCUAGAUGAGCCUGUUUUUUCUUCUCCAUACAUUUCUGCAUGCAUACAUACAUUUUUGGUGGUUUCUGCAUACGCAUCGCAUCGUAUGUAGAAUAUUUCUUGGCGGAAUGAAAACUGAAGACCUGGAAAUGAAGAAUGGAAAUGAUGUGGCGCUAUUGAUUUGGAUGCGUCGAUUGGGUCUUGUUAAUUAUCAAAAGAGGGAUUUUUUGGGAGGGAUGGAUGGAUUGUAUAUGCUUCGUUUUUGAUGCACACAUACACAUACAUACAAAAGCAUACUUGCAUGGUAGAUAAGAACGCCCACAGCUUUGGUUUAGGAGGAGUUGGAUUGGGUAGGAAAGGGUAAUUAGUCAGUCUCUUGAGAGAUUCCUUUUGAUAGGUAAACGUAAUGACUGGGAGAUGAAUGUAAUGAAUUAGGAAUACUCGUCUGUUUUCUUUGGUGUUUGUGUAUGCUGUGGUAUUCUAAUGGUCCGUGGCGAGGUGGAGUAAGGUAACGUGGGGUAAAACGCUUUAAUACUACCUAUCUGUAUAAACUAUAAAUGUAAACGUAGAUGGUUGUCAUUCAAUU